AUGCACGCGAAGGUGCCUUUCCGAACAGCCCUCUCGGAGACUUCCUGGGAAACAGGAUUCCGGUUACGAGGGCAGGAUACUGAUUACAUUUGCAUACGGGCAAAUCCCGAGGUCUGGGAGACGUCUCACCGGGCUUUUCCUCCAGAAUACGUGGUUAACCCAGAGUACCUGGAGAGAGAACCUCUGAAGGUGUACCCUGGGCGUUCUGGGGUGUAUCCUUACCACCCGUUUCCCGUGGGAUUUGCCAUCAAUCAAUCAGGCUGCAGGGGAGCACCACCACCGGCAGGGAUGUCGCUGCAAAGAGGUUUCCGACACGUUCCCAGCACCUAUGGGCCAGGGAGCGCAGCUUCUCUGUCAAUUCCAGACGGAGGUGGAGAUUUCCAUCAAGGAUAUUACACUCCUCUGCCUCAGUUUAUUCCGCCAAGUUUCCUGCCAGGGAUUCAUUAUGUUCCGCCUCCCCUUCCACUCAGUGUGUUGGCUGAAACAACCAAGGAAACGCGCGCUUCAGCAGCUGACAGCCAGGAUUCAGGGAUGGUGUGUGAACCUGGCCAACCAUCUUCCCCAGAAGAAACGAGCAGAGACCAAACCGUACAUUCUAAACAUUAAAUGGCCUGGAGAAGAGCUGAGUAGCAGGCAGCACUGUUUUCACUGCUGAGGAGAGUAUUGGUUAAUAUGGGUGUAGAGUGACACUUAAUUGUUGCGCAGCCACAGGAGCUAGAAAGGGAUUGGUUCCCUGCCUCACUUUAUGAUCAUGUGAGAGCUAUCAGCAUCACAGCUCUACCCCCUUAGCAGUGUGAAGCGCUUGUUCCUAAGAGAGGUUUUCCAGAGCCACCAUAAAUCCUUUCCUCCUUAAGCAGGAGGAAGCAGCAGAGCACUAUGACUCUAAAUGCUGGUUCCUCUCCUGAGGCUAGUUGGCUGCCUCUUUGCCACGCAGGCUCUGUGCAGCCUUCUUGUGCUCACAGCAGCGGUCAAAAAUGUGUUGUUUGUGUAUCAAUUUGCUGUAAAGGAAACCUGGUUCUGAGUAAGUUCUGAGUUAAGUGAUGUAGGGCCUGAAGACUGAGUGAGAGAGGAUGGGAAGACAGUCUGGGUUGCUGAUAUACAAGACUGAUCAGGAACGUGAGUCCCUGGCGUUCAUCGGGCCGAGGCGGUAGCAGACGUUUGGUACGCUUGUCAAGGAGGGCUUGAGAGGAUGC